AUGGAGGGUAAAAGAGGUCAAUCAGGACGUUUGAGCACAUGCAAGUCCUCUCACGUAAUAUCGAAAUCCAACUCUUCUGUACAGAAGAUCACUCCAGUUAUACGAAUUGUGCAUAUUUGUCCACCAACGAUGGUGAAUACUGAUCCAGCUAACUUCCGCGCCAUUGUCCAAGAGCUUACUGGAAAGCAUUCUUCUUGCUCAUCCAAAAAGUUUACACAAAAGAAGCUCAACCGUACGCUUAGCCCUCAGAUCCCUGAUUUGUCGAAGAAAAUGCUGAGAGUUGAUCAUUCUGAUCAUGAGGCACUGACUGAUGACGAGGAGGAGAAUUUGUUGUCAAUGGGAUUAUUUUGCACCGAAGAGCAACCAAACUCUCCUCUACCACAAAUCAAGAUGGAGAAUGACCGAACGAAUUUUUGUGGGGGCUUCGGUGGGUUUGGAGAGAUAGAUGUAUUCACUGCUCUUCUGGGUUCCAUUGCAAUGUUACCUGAGUUCCCUACAAUUACUCCUCCUGCAAUCGAUCAGAUUGAUCUCUUCAGGGGAAUUUUUAUGACUUCUUAG